AUGACCCAGCAACCCCUGCCAGCACGGCGCUGCCUCCCCGCUGCCCGGAGCCGAGAACUGCGCCGCCCUCGGCCCCCAUCAGUCUGCUCCUUACCUUAUCCACUGCUCCACCGGCGUCUGGACCGCCGCUCUCCGCGCGUCGCUCGAGUAGGUCCCGGCUCCGGUAGUCCACAACCCGCCCUCCAGCCCGCCCUCCCUCUCCACGCCCCGCCCCCGGCGCGGCAAGCUCACGUCACGCACGCACCAGCGUCACUUCCGGGGCCCGUGGCCUUCUGUGGGAGAAUUCUGUUGCGGGCUCCGUUGAGAAUCUGCCCUGGGUGGAGCGAGGCCGAGGCUGGCCUGAAUGACAGCACCGACGAUGUGGGAGGGCGAAGGAAAGGAGGCGGCCCCCAGGCCAGGCUUGGGGCACUGACUCGGGCGCUGGCGGAGAUGCCGGUGGUUCCUUAUCUUUUCAAAUGUUGGAAACAGCAGCUGCUUCUUUAUCCUGGACACCAUCUAUGGCAUAAAAUGCAGCCACAACAGGGAAAGGAAAAAAAAGAAAAGAAAAUACCAUACUGUGGGAGGAAGAAGAGGAUGACUCUAAAUCACAAGAGACUUAUCAACGGAAAAGACACAGACUUAAUUCGGCAUGACAACGCUUAAGCUUGGUUUACUUUUCUUUCCCUGGUCACCUUCCAUAACUGGCCCCCCCCCCCCCCCCCCAGUACACACCUUUCUUCCUUUGUCUUUACCUGAAUAUGGUAUUUAAGUUGGCAUUCUAAGCCUUUUCCCUGGGUAUCUCCUAUGUGUAAAUGAAAUAUACAUGUUAGUAAAUUUCUAUUUGUU